UUUUUUUUUUCAUUAUUUCAAUUAAUUUUCAAAAGACCAGUAGCACCAAAACGUGCUGUUGAAAUUGAUGUUAAUGAACAUAUAUAUGCACAUCCAGAUUAUGCUGAGAAAUUACAAGAUCCAAGUACAUUCGAUGUCAAAACAAUAUACGAAUGUUAUUUACAUGGUGUUAAAUUAGGUGGUAAUCGACCACAAUUCUCACAUAGACAAUCAUCUGAUCAACCAUUUAAAUCAUAUACAUAUAAUCAAGUAUUUGAAAUCAUUAAAGAAAUUGGUAGUGGUAUAGUUCAUACUGGUCUAGAACCAUCAAAUAAAACGUUUAUCGGUAUUUAUGGUUCAUCUUCGAUGAAUUAUGCAUUUUGUCUUUAUUCAACUUGGCCAUAUUCAAUGAUCCCUAUUGGUAUUUAUGAUUCACUUGGUCGAGAUGGUGUGAAAUUUAUUAUCAGACAUGCUGAUGUUGAAUUAGUAUUUGCUGAUGAUUUACAACGUGUAAAAAAUUUACUUGAAUGGAAAGAUGAUACAUUAGCAUUGAAAACAGUAGUUUCUAUACUUGAACCAACCGAUGAAUUAUUUAAAUUAGCAGAAGAAAAAAAUUUAAAUCUUAUAUCGUUUGAGAAACUACGAGAAAAUGGAAGAAAUAAUCCAGUUCCUGUUGUACCACCAAAACCAACUGACAUAGCAAUGGUUAUGUAUACAAGUGGAAGUACAGGAGAACCAAAAGGUUGUGUUAUUACACAUGAUAAUUUCAUAUAUGCAAUGUAUGGUAUGGCAUCAGCUCUUGAUAUAUUGGAUAGUAAAGAAAUUCCUCGUGUAUUAAAUUAUAUGCCUCUGGCACAUUUGUUUGGUUGCGGGGCGAUGAUUUCUGUUACGUAUUUAGGUGGAGAAAUUGGUUUUUGGCAAGGUAAAGUCGACAAGUUAGUUGAUGAUUUUCGUGAUUUUCGACCAACAAUUCUUACUAUGGUACCUCGAUUACUUAACAAAUUAUAUGAUAAAGUUCGAUUAGAAUUACGUAAAAAAGGUUUACCUGGACGUGUUCUAUUUCAAUUAGCUAUUCGCAGUAAACUAGCAUUGAUUCGACGUGGAGAUUUUUCACAAAAUACAAUAUGGGAUAAGAUAAUCUUUGAUAAAAUUCGACAAUCAUUUGGUGGUAAAGUUACUCGUGUUAUUUCAUCAAGUGCACCACUUUCACCUGAAGUCUGUCGAUUUUCACGUGCAGCAUUUUCAUGUUUUUUUAUUGAAAGUUACGGUCAAACAGAAUGUGUCAUAGGUUGUUCUCAAACGAUACACGAUAUGGAAUCUGGUGAAGUAGGCAUUCCAACAUCAUUAAAUCAUAUUAAAUUAGUUGAUGUACCAGAAAAAGAAUAUUAUGCAAAAGAUGGUGUAGGUGAAAUUUGUGUUCGUAGUAAAGCCGUAUUUAAAGGUUAUUUGAAAGAUGAAGCUAAAACUCGUGAAGCAAUUGAUGAACAAGGGUGGUUACAUACAGGUGAUAUUGGCCGAUGGACACCACAUAAAACAAUGCGAAUUAUUGAUCGAAAGAAAAAUAUGUAUAAGUUAAGUCAAGGUGAAUAUGUAGCACCAGAAAAAAUUGAAGAUGUUUAUGCUCGUAGUCGAUUUAUUUCUCAAAUCUUUGUUUAUGGUGAUUCAUUUGAAAGUUGUCUUGUUGCUAUUGUUGUUCUCAAUGAUGGUUUUGUUAAGAAAUGGGCUCAAACUGAAGGAAAUAAUGUUGAAACGAUAGUAGCACCAGAAUCAAAUACAAAACUAAAACAAACUGUCCUUGA